GACAUGAUACGCACCAGCAAUGGAUCCUACGUCACCCGCAGCUCCGGAGUCCUGGUGCCUGACACUGUCAUCUACGGCUGGGGCAACAACGAACCUACCUACGGCAACCAAAUGUGCAUCAGCCUUGGCGCUUCAACAUCCUUGUUCUAUGACCACCCAUGCAAUACUGCAUAUACAUGGGGUGGCGUCAUGUGCGUCUACACUGUGUUGCCUUAGAACGCUCAUUUUGUUAUGUUCUAUGGAGCGCAGCAGCCUUAACCCUCUACCGCCGUAUGUCACU